UAAAUAUUAAAAGAAUGUCGAAUAUGACGGGUGAUUUGAAAAUUAUGAGACCAGCAGAGCUAGAAGAGGCUGCUAGUCAUCAGGCCCAGUGAAGUCAGUGGGAAACCUCCACUGAUGGAGAGUCAAUAGUUGGUGACUUCCCUCAUUUUGAUGCCAAUGGUGUGAAGUCAUGUGGGGGUAACCUCAACACUCAACAGUCAGAAUGCCAAGGAGCUGAGGACGAUUCCAUUACUAUUAUCAAUGAUAUAAUCAAUCCCUUAGAGUCUGUGAAGAGCUACUUGGUUAGGAAAAAGUAUAUCUCUCAGGAGACUGAGGAGAACAAACAGUUGGCCAGUCAGAAAUUGAUCAAAAUGACUGAAGAAUUAGGCCAGAACUUCUACUAUGCCUUUAUUGCCCAAGCUGCUCUGAAUGUAAUCAAAGGAGCAAUCUCACCAAACAAGAGAUUUAUCCCAUCAGUGCUGAAGAUCUUUGGACGUAAGAAUAUCUCCUUGUGAGCAUUCUUAGCGAUCCUAGGAUGUGGCUACAAGUACGUAAUGGAGCGGCUACGUAAGCUUUCCGCUCAUCACGACCAGAUGAAUACUUUUGUAUCCAUUUUAUUAGCUACUUGGUCACUGACAAGAAGUAAAGCAUCAGGUAGCACUAAUUAUACCUAUUACUUGGUCGUAUGAAAGUACCUUGAGAUGAUGAGCAAGAUCCUCGAGAAAGGAAAAGUUAUUAAGAAAGUUAAGAAUUUUGACGUAGAGUUCUAUGAACUCUGUCUGCUUCAUUUCAAGCUCAGGUUCUCCCUCAGAGUCAAAAUUUCUAGAACCUAAUAUAUGAUACUUUAUCUAAAAUAACCUAUUUCC